UGGCAUUCUGGCAGCACUAGUUGUGGGACCCACUCUCCGAGAGAGAAUAAUCGCCAAACAGCCGAACGAUCGUUUCCUUUGUCGAAUGAAGGAGUUGGCAUCAACCGGACAUAUCGGUGGUUUCGCAGUUACGACCAACGGUGCUUUAGUCUUCGAGGGGAGACUUUGCGUUCCGAAGUUUGGGAACUACGACGUGAGAUUUUAAAAGAGGCUCACAGUGCUCCGUACUCCGUCCAUCCUGGCAGCACGAAGAUGUACCAGGUCUUGAGGGAGACUUUUUGGUGGCGAUGUAUGAAGCGCCAAGUAGAGAACCCGACUCACGGUAUCUGCAUAAGACAUCAGUCCGUGACUUCCCACCAGUUCACGGAUCCUCUGGUUGAGCCCCUUGAGAAACUUACGGGCCUUCUUGGCAUCGGUGUUCACUGCGUCGCCCGCAAAAAGGCACAUGCGGGUGAAGGUGCGGAUAUACUCAUCUGCCGUGGAGCUGCCCUGCUGCAAGUGGUAAAACUCAUGCUCCAUUCUGUCCCAAAAGCUCUGGGGAAGGAACUUGCUACGCACCAUCAUCUUCAUUUGUUCCCAAGAAAGUGCAUGGAGCUCUGCCUCUGGCCUCCGAGCCCAGUGUUCAAUCCACCAGUCGGAAGCAUCCUCCUUCAUCUGGUAAGCUGCAAGGGAUACCCGCUGACGGUCAGGGAGGGGAAGUACAGCGAAGAUCUUAUCCAGUUCUUUGAUCCAUUCCAGCACCGCUGUGGGGUUCUCAGUCCCCGCAAAAGUUGGUGCAUUCAUUCUCUGAAACUGGACGAUAAACUGAGUAAGAUCCAUGGCCGGAGGGGCCUG